AUGGCGGGUCGUAGAGAUAGAAGCCAACAGCUCCGUGGAUCUCGAAUUGCGAUCGCCAUCCUCGUCGGUAUCAUUAUCGGUUGCGUAUGCGCCGUUCUCUUCCCAAACGGCUUCUUCAAGUCGAGCUCGUCUCUCACAGUAAACGAACGCGUCCAGGUUGGAUCAUCACCUUGUGAAUCGCCUGCACGAAUCCAAAUGCUGAAGUCAGACUUUGCAUCAAUCUCAGAGAAGAACGCAGAGCUAAAGAAACAGGUGAGAGAGCUAACGGAAAAGCUACGGCUAGCUGAACAAGGAACAGACAAUGCACGGAAACAAGUUCUUGCUUUGGGAACACAGAUCAAGGCGGGUCCUUUUGGAACCGUCAAGAGCCUGAGAACCAACCCAACUAUCCUUCCCGAUGAAUCUGUAAACCCAAGACUGGCAAAGAUUCUAGAGGAGAUUGCUGUUGAUAAAGAGGUGAUUGUGGCUCUUGCAAACGCUAAUGUGAAAGCAAUGUUAGAGGUACAGAUCGCUAGCGUAAAGAGGUUGAGUAUAACGAACUACCUGGUUGUUGCAUUGGAUGAUUACAUAGUGAAUUUCUGUAAAUCAAACGAUGUUGCGUAUUACAAGAGAGAUCCAGACGAGGACGUGGACGCGGUUGGGAAAACCGGAGGUAACCACGCCGUCUCUGGGUUGAAAUUCCGUGUGCUGAGAGAGUUCUUGCAGCUCGGUUACGGUGUUCUUCUCUCGGAUGUGGACAUUGUCUUCUUGCAAAACCCGUUUAGUCACUUAUACAGAGACUCUGAUGUGGAGUCGAUGAGUGAUGGCCAUAACAACAUGACGGCUUAUGGAUUCAACGACGUCUCUGAUGAUCCAGGCAUGGGAUGGGCUCGCUAUGCUCACACGAUGAGGAUAUGGGUUUUCAACUCCGGGUUCUUCUAUCUAAGGCCUACGGUUCCAUCGAUCGAGCUGCUUGAUCGCGUAGCGGAUAGGCUCUCCAAGGCAAAGCUUUGGGACCAAGCGGUUUUCAACGAGGAGUUGUUUUAUCCUUCGCAUCCUGACUACACUGGACUACAUGCGUCAAAGAGAGUGAUGGAUAUGUAUGAGUUUAUGAACAGUAAGGUCCUUUUCAAGACUGUAAGAAAGAAUCAGGAACUGAAGAAGGUGAAACCGGUGAUUGUUCAUGUGAAUUACCAUCCUGAUAAGCUUAAUAGAAUGCUAGCAGUGGUUGAGUUCUACGUAAAUGGCAAGCAAGACGCUCUUGAUAGCUUCCCUGAUGGUUCUGAAUGA